CCAUGCGGAGCUGUACCCUCCGACGAUGUCGCCGCUUGUUUGUGAGUGGGGCCGUGCACGGCACCGUAUUCACGGAAGAAGCGCUUUUCUGUGAGCAGUCAAUGACAGAAGUAGGAGUGACUGACAAGGUAGACAAUUCACUAUCAGUGAAUGUUGAGAAUACAUUCCACCCAGCAGCCAGUUUACAGUCCUUCACCCAACAAGACAAACAGCGUGUGUAUAUAGCGUAGUUCACAG